AUGUCCCAGAAGUUCACCAUCCCCAACAUGAAAUCCUACGACGGCACAACUGACCCUGAUGAUCACAUAGUCUUGUACAAGCAGUGGAUGUUCACUUUCUCAAUACCCCGAGCGUUGAGGGAAGCCUGCAUGUGCAAAAGUUUUGGUUCAAGCUUAUCCAGUCCAACCCUCCAGUGGUACACAAACCUCCCGAAUUGUUCCAUCGACUCAUUCGCUCAGCUCAUCGACACCUUUGUGGAGCAGUUCGCAAGCAGCAAGAAACUCGAGAAGUUGUCAGCCGAUCUAUACAGAGUAUACCAGAAGAGGGGAGAGCCGCUAAAAGAGUAUGUCAGCAGAUUCAACAAAGAGAAGAUCUCCAUCCCUUCUUGCAACCCGGAGGCAGCCGUAGACGCCUUUAGAAAGGGCCUUCUUCCGGAUGGAGAACUAUACAAAGAACUAACGAAGCUGGGUUGUACCAUGAUGGAAGACGCUUUAGCCCGUGUAGUGAUCCAUAUAAGGUGGGAAGAAGAUGAGACAAACCGGGCAACUCACGCCAGAUACAACCCAAGGCGGAAUGACAGAAAGCUAGAGCACAGAUCAGUGGAACACUGCUAUCAACCCCCAAUGCGUAACAUAGGCAAAGUCAAGAAGCCCUAUGAUCGCCAACCAACGAGAACCGAUAACAGACAGGUUGGACCGAAUACUUUCAAGGGCAAGGAUAACACUUCAUAG